CAACUAACUGAAACCUUUGGUCAUUCAUGUCUAAAAUUAACAUAGAAUCUUCAGAGAAAACUCGCGUCAAUUAGUUUGAUUUACACCAGAAUAGGGGAUUUUUUCCACUUCCCAAAUGAGUUCAGGUACACUCCUAGUAGGCCCGGGCCAAGGCAUGUGCAACCCGUGCGAACGUCACAGGGCCCAUGAUUUGCAGGGGGGGCGAAUUUCAGCCCAUACGCUGGAGAAUGAUGAUUUGAGGCGCCAUGAAGAACAGUUUAGCAUACCAUCUAAAGAAAGACACCUUAGAUUCGAAGGCGAGCAAAAUAAAAAGGUGGGCACUCGCAGAGGAGGCCGGGAGAAACCACCGGAGAACUAUGUAAAACUUCAUGUUGAUGCGGCCUUCAUCAUUCUCGAGAAGAAUGACGCUUCAGGUGUGGUGCUUCAUGAUAAUCAUGGCAGGCAAGCAACUGCGUUGUAACCUACGUCAACACGGCUGCCAUGGCAGAGGCUAUCGCCCUCCGAAAUAGUCGGGUCCUCGCUGGACAAGUGGGGUGUAACACAAUUCUAGUGAAUUCAGAUUGCAUGAUGUUGCCGGCACGAUGAAGAAUGGAGGCAAUUCAAUUGGUGUUGCGGCCGCAAUUUACGAAGAAUGCUCCUUUCUAUGUCAAAGUUUUGUGAAUGUCAAAUUCGAUCAUUGUCCUAGGGAAGCCAAUCAAGUUGCGCAUCUUUUAGCUUGUAAUUCUAAUGUUUUUGUUACUAACAGGUGGCAGCUAGCAGGAAUCUUCCCUUUUUUAUCUAGUUAAAUUAGCAACCGAUGUAACUUUUACACCUUAUGAAUAAAGUCACCAUGAUGGCUUUUCCCUUAAAAAA